AAAAAAAAAAAAAAAAAAAAAAAAAAAAAAGAUAUUUAGAACUUGGACAUUUUAUGCAGCCGGCCGUUAGCAAAAAAACAAGAGCUCAAAAACAAACACCAGCGCGACGAUUCACGAUGGCUUCUGAACUCACCUUCCCGCAAUUCGGAAAAUUGCCGUUAGAAUUACGGGAUAUGAUAUGGGGUUAUGCUCUUCCCGAGCCGAGAGUCUUUGAGGUCCUCGAUUCUCCGUCGUCGGCGCAAUCUCAAACCACGCCUUCGGGCCGUCUGAUGUUUGCCGACGUCCGUAACGAGCCGCCGCCCUCUAUAGCACGAGUCUGCCGCGAUGCCAGGCAAGCAGUUUUGCGUCGCUACAAGCCCAUCGCAUUUUCCGGAACGGUCAAACACCUGGAUCUCUGUCGAGACAUCAUCCUACUUGACUCUUACUUACAGGUGAAGAGACUGCUAAAGGUGAUUCGCCUCCUAAGCCAGAUCGAGCCUAUUCGUCGGAGCGCUACCAGGUUGGCUCUCGGUACGUCGUGGGGCUUACACACCGGGUUACACCUACGAAUGUUUCAUCGCAGCGUCCAAACGAAGCGCAACAUGGCCCGGUUUCUAGAGUAUGUAUCUAAGUUUCGCCAGCUCGAGACUAUCAUCCUUGUCGUUUACCAGCGCUCGGCCUUUGGGCUCCGGCUCAAGUGCUGCGGCCCCGAUCGCCCGCGCAGCCUACCCUGGCGCCAUUACGAUUUGUACGAAUCGUAUCAUUUCAACUUCAACGUUAACUUUAACCUCGACAACUACUGGCUGCGGCGGCCGUACCAGAGUAGGCUCGUCAGGUACGAUCCGGAGGAUGACAGAACGGAAGCAGAAAAGGUGCAGCAGUCUCAGUCUCCCUUGCCGAGGCAUUCGAAGCAGUGCGUCCACGACCCGCAACCGCGUGGAUAUCAGGUACACGACUUGAAAGGCACGUUCGAGAGCUGGCUGAAGAAAUUUGCCGAGGACGAGACCCUAGGGCCAUCGCUGAAGGUGCCGGGCUUGGAGACGGCCACUCUAACUUGGAUUUACACCGGAGUUCGCAACGAAGGUUUUUAUUGAAAGGAUUGCAUUGCAAUAUAAGCAUACGGAGCGAGGCGCUUUUAGGUUGGCUACCUAUGUAUAUGCGUAUUAUUAGACUACAUCAUCAUUGUCUUUCGGGGACGAGCUAAUAGGUACGACCAUGGUAUCAUGCAUUAUUCGAAUUACCUAAACAGGAUUAUACAUUUUUCUGCAGCAUGAUGCUGCUGCUUUUGCAUUUUAGAGUAACAAGACGAGGCAUAUAGCAACUGUAGCAUAGGCAUAGACACUAAAACCUAGAUGCAUUCAUUCGCCCUUUUUAUCACCCAGCAGAAAAGACUACCUACCCAACCUACCUAGGCAGAACUUGGGCCCGCAUACAUAGAUAGGUACCUAUGCAUAGUGGUAAUUGAGGAAAUUGUAUUACAAUUAUUUCCCAAGGCCCCGCCGAUCCACAAGACGAUCUCCGUUUUCAACCCGUUGUAGAUACCUACCUACCUACCUAGGUAUUUAUCCUGGAGAAGAACGAAUCCUGCAAGCCAC